UGUGUGUGUGUGUGUGUUCGCCACGGUGGCUCGGCGUGUCGCGGUGACGCGCUCAAGAGCAGCAGACUCAUGAACGCGCGUCGUCGUGCUUUUGCUUGGAUGGGAUCGGCUGGAGGGACGCAAACGAAAGGCUGGUGUAAGGUUUCCUCCCUCUGUCUUCGCCUCUACAUGCAGCAGCCUCGCAGAUAGACGGAGCAGCCGGCCUGCAGGAAGAGUGCUGUCAGGAGUGUUUCUCCACGUGGAAGAUAUUUAAUCAGUGCUGCCCAGCCAAUGAAACAUCUUGUUUCAUAUCUCCAUUGUCCUUGUACAAAACAACUAGUUGAUAGCGUCGACGGCUGCUGAUAACAGCACUCUGCUCAGCUUGGUUGGUUAUAAUCUAGAUGCCAGAGGACAAAACAGAUACAAGACUCCACUGAAGAAAAGAGAAAUAAUUAUUGUUUUUCCUUGUCACCGGUGAAGCUUUUUUGGAUCAAGUGCAAUCAUGGGGGCCACAGGCUAUGGCUACUACCGUGUAGUCAUCUUCUGCUGCAUGUUCAUCGGCUACUCGCUGUACUUCUUUAACAGGAAGACCUUCUCCUUCGUCAUGCCCUCUGUGAUGGAGGAGAUUGAACUGGACAAAGAUGACUUGGGUAUGAUCACUAGCAGCCAGACCAUGGCCUACGCCAUCAGCAAGUUCAUCAGCGGCGUGCUGUCGGACCAGAUCAGCGCCCGCUGGCUUUUCUCCAUCGGCCUCUUCUUGGUGGGCGGCAUCAACGUAGUCUUCUCCUGGUCCUCCACCGUAUCCAUGUUCUCACUGCUGUGGUUCAUCAACGGCCUGGGACAGGGCUGCGGCUGGCCCCCGUGUGGGAAAGUGCUGCGCAAGUGGUACGAGCCCUCCCAGUUUGGGACAUGGUGGUCUGUUCUGUCCUGCAGCAUGAACCUGGCCGGGAGUUUGGGUCCUAUCCUGGUUACAGUGCUCCUGCAGUACUAUGACUGGAGGACUAUCCUAACCAUGUCGGGCAUUUUCUGUGCCGCCUUCUCACUUGUCUGCUUGGUGUUUGUGAAGAAUGAGCCAAAGGACGUGGGCCUGCCCAGCAUCGAGGUCGCCGCCAAGAAGGGGGCAAAGGGAGGCAACAGUGAGAGCACCCUGAGCGAGUUCCUCCUCUCUCCUUUCCUGUGGGUGCUGUCUCUGGGCUACUUGGUGGUGUUCGGGGUGAAGACGGCUGCCACUGACUGGGGACAGCUGUUCCUCAUGCAGGAGAAAGGCCAGACCGCUCUUAUGGGUAGCACCUACAUGAGUGCCUUGGAGGUGGGAGGGUUCAUGGGCAGCCUCGCAUCAGGCUUCAUCUCAGACAGAGCGGUAGCUCGGCAAGGCCUGGGCACCCACGGGAACCCUCGUCAUGGCCUGCUCAUCCUCAUGAUGGCUGGUAUGUAUGUGUCCAUGUACCUCUUCAGAGUCACCAUCACACCUGAGAUCCCCAAGGAGGCUCCGCUUUGGGUCCAAGUCAUUCAUCCCGUGUCUGUCCUCAUUGGUGUGUCAGAAAAAGAGAUCUGGAUCCUCUUCCUUGGUGCUUUGUUUGGAUUUUCUUCUUACGGACCAAUUGCCUUGUUUGGUGUGAUAGCCAGUGAAAGUGCUCCUUCAAAUUUCUGUGGAACCUCUCAUGCCGUUGUAGCCCUGAUGGCUAAUGUGGGGGCUUUCAUGGCUGGGCUUCCCUUCAGCACUGUAGCCAAACAGCACAGCUGGGACAUGGCUUUCUGGGUAGCUGAGGUGAUGAUGGCCGUCGCAACCGUCGGGUUCUUCCUCGUACGCAACAUGCGCACCAAAAUGGGACGAAUCGCAGAGAAAAUGGACUAAUGCGCCUGGAUGAAAUGAGCCAACUGUCAGUGUCCUUUUGUGUGACUAGACAGACUGUGUUUUUGCACUGUUUAGAGCUCUGGAUACAGAAAACUACACAUUAAUACAGCUCCAAUUCGACCAAACUGAACCUCUGUCAAAGACUAAUCUCAGACAGUCAAAGACACUUUGUCCUGAUUUAUUGGGGGGUGGUGCAGAUACUCGAGGUGGGUGUAGGUCGUCUUUUUUUACUCCCUUUCAAUUCACAAUCAGGUACUUUUGUCACACACACACUUAGAUUUAUCCUCAUAUUCAACAGCACAAAGAUACAGUAGAUGAUAACUGUUCAUCACACGCUUACAUUUUAGUCCACUUGAUCCUAGAGGCAGUGUUCAGUGUGCUAAAGAGAACAUAGACAUGAAAGUCUGUAAAGGUUUGGGAGGACCUACCGUCGUGUAAGUCAGUUAUUAUUUAACUUACUGAAUGUUCACUGAUGGUUCUGUAUAUUAUAGACUAUUAUUUGUCUGUGUUUUUGCACAAAUCUUGUAGCAUGCAUCAUGGUCAUCGAUGAUUUUACUGAUACCUCAAGUAUUUGUAAAAAAUGUACUAGGUUCAUUAUUUCAGUGAAAUGAAGUAACUGGAGAACAUGCUAUUUUUAUACACAGUUCUGUGCUGAAUGAUACAGAAUAACACUUGGAUGCAGUAUUCUUAGGCCGUGUCAGCUUUUUAGAUCUGACGUUUUUAAGUAUCUAUGUACGUCAAACCUUUGCUACAGGUGUUAAGUCACUACCAUUGUAGUUGUGUACAGCAGUUACAACACUGGAUUAUAUACUGUUAACUUUCUCAUCUCUAAAAUCUGAGUUGUGCCGACUCUGGUAAUAAGGGGUCUACACUCAGUGUCACUGACAAAUCUGGAUCUCGCUGGAAUUAUUCAGUGGACUUGGAAAUGUUAAAGAAAUUGAAUAAAUGUGAAAUUUACUUUAUUGAAUUUAUCUGUAAACUGUCAGUAGUUCAGCUGAGCACUUACCACCUUCCUGUCAGACUUUCUUUAGCCAAUUCUGAAGAUGCCAAAAAAAAAAAUUGCAGUAAAGAUGUAAACACCCCCCACGAGCUGGGAGAAUUACGUGUUCCUCGUUGCAUUUUUUCCAAGUCUGUGUGCACAGUUCUGGCCUGCUGUAAUUCUUCUUCCUGUCCUUACUGCCUCAUGCAACUCCACUGUAAGUGGUGAGUGAUCAAAUCUCAUUGUUGUUCUAUGCAAAAGUGUAUUCUGGAGACCAGCAAAGCUAACGUGAGGCUUCAGCCGUCUCAACUAUACAAAUCAAGUGGGGAUCUAAAGUUAGACUUUUUACUAAUUUCUUUUUUUGUGCCACAAU